CGCACCUGCCGCCCGCUCCGGUCUCCCACCGCUGCCGCGCCCGCGUCCUGGCCGCGCGAGUUGCGGGUCCCGCGGGACCUGCCUUGGCUGCAGGCCCGCAGGCGCCGGGGAUGGCGUCGGAUGCGCUCUGACUCGUUUCUCCUUGGACCAAGAUGACCGAUGGAAACCUUUCCACCUCUACUAAUGGCGUAGCCUUGAUGGGCGUUCGGGAUGGUCGGCUGGGAAGCCACCUCCCGAGCCUUCCAAGCUUGAACCUCAAGGCCUCCAGGUCCCUCUCACUGCCUGAGCAUGGGCCCAAGCUGCCACUGGGCACUGCAGAAGACCAGCACAGCCUGGAGUCUGUGGACUCGGGCAUCCCGACCCUCGAGAUUGGCAACCCAGAGCCUGUGCCCUGCAGUGUGGCCCACACGCAGAGGAAGCCGUCCGAGCCAGAGGCCAUCCCCGAGCGGGCUUCCCAGAGCGCCUGCCCCUUGCCAUCCUGUGCCCUGCCGGCCCCCACCGGUGCUGAACGGGAGCAGGGUGUACGCAAGUCCUCCACGUUCCCCAGGACUGGCUAUGAUGCGGUGAGGCUCUGCAGCCCCACUGCCAGGGCCCUGAGCCGCAGCGAUGCUGCCUCCGUCUGCAGCGUGUCCAGCCUUGGCACGGAGCUCUCUGCCACACUGUCCGUCAGCAAUGAGGACCUUCUGGACCUUGUCACCAGCAGCUCCAGCGCCAUUGUGGCCCUGGAGAAUGACGAUGACCCACCAUUCACCGAUGUCACCCUGGGCUCCACCAAGGAGGCCAGUGGCCCUGCCCAGCAGGAUGGGGCAGAGGAACCCGAGGAGGGCAGCAAAUCCGGACUUCUGGGACCACUCAGCCACUUCUUGGCAAGGAAUUUGCUUGCUAGAAAACAAAAUGCAAGACUUGACAAACAAAAUGACUUGGGAUGGAAGUUAUUUGGAAAAGUACUGCUCCGAGAGAAUGCUCAGAAAGAUUCAAAGAAAGUGCAAAAGGAAAAUGAAGACAAGGUUGGACAACCCAGCAGGCCACCCUCCCCCAAGCAGAAUGUGAGGAAGAAUCUCGACUUUGAGCCCCUCUCCACCACCGCCCUCAUCCUGGAAGACCGCCCUGCGAAUCUCCCGGCCAAGCCAGCUGAAGAAGCUCAGAAGCACAGACAGCAGUACGAAGAGAUGGUGGCUCAGGCCAGGAAACGAGAGCUGAAGGAGGCCCAGCGGCGGAGGAGGCAGCUGGAGGAGAGGUGUCGGCUGGAGGAGAGCAUCGGGCAUGCGGUCCUCACCUGGAACAACGAGAUCCUGCCUAACUGGGAAACGAUGUGGAGCUCUAGAAAAGUCCGGGACCUGUGGUGGCAGGGCAUCCCGCCCAGCGUGCGCGGCAGAGUCUGGAGCUUGGCCAUUGGCAAUGAGUUGAACAUCACCCACGAGCUCUUUGACAUCUGCCUCGCCCGAGCCAAGGAGCGCUGGCGGUCCCUGAGCACUGGAGGCCCCGACGGGGAGAGCGAAGAUGCCGGUCUCCCAGUGGCCGACCGAGAAGCCAGCCUGGAGCUAAUUAAGCUGGACAUCUCCAGGACAUUCCCCAGUCUCUGCAUUUUCCAGCAGGGUGGCCCAUAUCACGACAUGUUGCACAGUAUUUUGGGCGCUUAUACUUGUUACCGGCCGGAUGUGGGCUAUGUCCAGGGCAUGUCCUUCAUCGCAGCAGUAUUGAUCUUGAACUUAGAUACUGCAGAUGCCUUCAUUGCCUUCUCUAACCUCUUGAAUAAACCCUGUCAGAUGGCGUUCUUCCGCGUGGACCACGGCCUUAUGUUGACUUAUUUUGCUGCAUUCGAGGUAUUCUUUGAAGAAAACUUGCCGAAAUUAUUUGCUCAUUUCAAGAAAAACAACUUAACUCCAGACAUCUACCUAAUCGAUUGGAUCUUCACCUUGUACAGCAAGUCCCUGCCGCUGGACCUGGCCUGCCGCGUGUGGGAUGUGUUCUGCCGUGACGGCGAGGAGUUCCUUUUCCGCACGGCCCUGGGGGUGCUGCGGCUCUUCCAGGACGUCCUGGCCAAGAUGGACUUCAUCCACAUGGCCCAGUUCCUCACCAGGCUGCCUGAGGACCUGCCUCCCGAGGAGUUCUUCGCCUCCAUUGCCACCAUCCAGAUGCAGAGCCGGAACAAGAAGUGGGCCCAGGUCCUGACUGCACUGCAGAAAGACAGCCGGGAGAUGGAGCGGGGCGGCCCCUCACCGCGGCACUGAGGCCCGGGUCGGCACAGCCGCAGCUCCACAGGCACAGACCAGCACCCGCUGCGGUGUGGGCGCGGACCAGUGUCCUGUGUGCAGACCAACGCCGCGGGCGCAGACUGACACCUACUGCGGUUGUGGGUGCAGACCAACGCAGCGGGCACAGACCAGCGCCGCGGGCGCAGACCUAUGCCACGGGCGCAGACCUGUGCCGCGGGCGCAGACCUGUGCCGCGGGCGCAGACCUGUACCGCGGGUGCAGACCGAGGCCACAUGUGCAGACCGAUGCCGCGGGCGGCGGGCAGAGCGGGCUCUGCCGUGUCUGGCCCCUGACACUGAAGCUGGCCUUAAAGAAAACAACACUUCCAAGGAUUCCCUGACGUGUGGCCUUCAGACGCUGGGGGCGCGGUGGCCUGUGCAGGGUCUUGAACGGGGGAGGUGGCUGACUCUGCCCGUUUCAGCAGCAGCUCAUUAAAUCGCAGUGCCUCUGCCGCCAACGGAGAGCAACACCUCAAUCUGUCUUGGCCGUGGUCGUGGGAAGCAUUGGCGGGAGGGAGGCCUCAGGGACGUUAGGGGCUGACCGUGGGGGUGGGCUCAGUU